CGAGAGAAACGAAUAACAGACGCGAGUUCAUUUUGGUGUGGUUGCAGCGAUUUUGUGCUCGUAUAAUUUUUGCUUUUGGAAAAUCAACCUAGUUUAGUUUAUAUACAUAUAUUUUUCCUUUUGGAUAUUCUACAUAAGUAUUAUGAUGGGCGUUGUAUCCGAUUUUGGACAGAUUGCUACUAAAUGGGAUUUGAAAAACCUGGAAAUUCGUACAAUGACUGUGGAGAAAACACUCGAGCCUUUGGUGUUGCAAGUGACUACUUUAGUGAAUACAACAGAACCGAGUAAGAAGAAGAAAGGAAAAUCGAAACGAGCCAGCGCUCUUGUGGCAUCCAUUGAAAAGGCAACCGAAAACUUUGUUAUCAAGGGCGAACAAAUUGCUUACGAGAAUCCGGAUAUUACACAGGAAAUGCUGGCUGCAGUAGAAGAGGUACGUAAGACUGGAGAUGCCAUGAGCAUGGCUGCUAGGGAAUUUGCUGCAGAUCCAUGUUCUUCGUUGAAGCGUGGCAACAUGGUAAGGGCUGCUCGUAAUCUUCUCUCGGCGGUCACAAGGUUACUUAUACUGGCGGACAUGGUAGAUGUGCACUUGUUGCUGAAAUCCUUACACGUAGUCGAAGAUGAUCUGAACAAACUUAAGAAUGCCUGCAGCCAGGAUGAGCUACUUAGCAACAUUGAACAGUUUGGUGAAAAUGCUGGUGAACUGAUUAAGCAAGCUGCAAAAAGGCAACAGGAAUUAAAAGAUCCACAACUACGUGACGAUUUAGCUGCCGCACGUGCAAUGCUUAAGAAACAUUCUACUAUGCUUUUCACUGCAUCCAAAGUGUACGUACGGCAUCCAGAGCUGGAUUUGGCUAAAUUAAAUCGGGAUUUUAUACUAAAGGAGGUUUGUGCAGCUGUGAAUACCAUCAGCGAUGUGGCUCAAGGCAAAUCUUCACAACCAACGGAGAUUUAUAGUGGUGCAGGUGAAUUAGCAGCAGCACUUGACGACUUUGAUGAGGGUAUCAUCAUGGAUACUUUAACAUACAGCGAAGAACAUUCCCGUCAGCUUCUUGAAGAACGUUUGGAAAGCAUCAUAAGCGCAGCAGCGUUGAUGGCUGAUGCUGAUUGUACACGUGACGAGCGUCGUGAAAGAAUUGUUGCCGAGUGUAAUGCAGUGAGGCAAGCACUUCAAGAUUUGUUAUCCGAGUACAUGUCAAAUAUGGGACAAAAAGACCACACACCCGGUUUGGAUAGAGCUAUAGAUCAAAUGUGCCGCAAAACACGCGAUCUUCGGCGCCAGCUACGUAAAGCCGUUGUUGACCAUGUAUCCGAUUCUUUCUUGGAGACAUCUACUCCUCUCAUCGAUCUAAUUGAGUGUGCAAAAACAGGAAAUGAAGCAAAACUGCGAGAAAAGGCUGAUAUAUUCACAAGACAUGCAGAAAAGUUAGUGGAAGUGGCAAACUUGGUAUGCAGUAUGUCGAACAACGAAGAUGGAGUGAAAAUGGUACGAUUUGCAGCAGCUCAAAUAGAAAGUCUCUGCCCUCAAGUUAUCAACGCGGCUUCCAUUCUAUGUGUACGCCCGAACUCGAAGGUUGCACAAGAAAAUAUGGCUGCUUAUCGCCAGGCAUGGGAAGCUCAAGUGCGCAUUCUCACCGAAGCUGUUGAUGAUAUUACAACAAUAGACGAUUUUCUGGCCGUUUCCGAGAAUCAUAUACUAGAGGACGUUAAUAAAUGCGUCAUGUCGUUGCAAAUGGGGGCACCACAAGAGCUACGAUCCACGGCUGGUGCUAUUCAGGGGAGAUCAGCGCGAAUCUGCGAUGUUGUAGAGGCUGAAAUGGAUAAUUACGAGCCUUGCGUUUAUACCAAAAGGGUAAUGGAUGCAGUUAGAGUUCUCAAGGAACAGGUGAUGGCCAAUUUCGCCCAACGCGUUGAUACUGCAGUAGAUGCUCUCGUUAACAACUGCAGUAGGGAUGUUGAUGAAAAUGACUUCAUCGAUGCUUCGCGGCUGGUGUAUGAUGGUGUACGUGAAAUACGACGGGCGGUACUUAUGAAUCGUAACUCAGAUGAACUGGACACAGACACUGAAUUCGAGCCGGCUGAGAAUACAAUGUCGGAGACUCGUAGCAAAUCCAGUGCACAAGAAGGCGGACCGACAGUCGACGAGUAUCCUGAAAUAAGCGGUAUUUGUACAGCGCGCGAAGCCAUGCGCAAGAUGACCGAAGAGGACAAACAAAAAAUUGCUCAGCAAGUGGAGCUGUUUCGCCGCGAAAAACUUACCUUCGAUUCUGAGGUUGCUAAAUGGGAUGACGCAGGUAACGAUAUAAUUUUCUUAGCCAAGCAUAUGUGUAUGAUCAUGAUGGAAAUGACGGACUUCACACGCGGUCGCGGGCCGUUGAAAACCACUAUGGACGUUAUUAAUGCAGCUAAAAAGAUAUCCGAGGCCGGGACGAAACUCGACAAACUUACGCGAGAAAUCGCCGAGCAGUGCCCAGAGAGCAGCACCAAAAAGGAUUUACUAGCAUAUUUGCAGCGUAUAGCUCUCUAUUGCCAUCAAAUUCAAAUAACUUCGAAAGUCAAGGCAGACGUACAGAAUAUAAGCGGCGAACUAAUUGUAUCCGGACUGGACAGCGCUACUUCCCUUAUCCAAGCAGCAAAGAAUCUGAUGAAUGCAGUUGUAUUGACCGUUAAAUAUUCGUAUGUAGCGUCAACGAAAUACACCCGGCAAGGCACAGUUACAUCGCCGAUUGUAGUUUGGAAGAUGAAAGCACCGGAAAAGAAACCAUUAGUGCGCCCAGAGAAGCCCGAAGAAGUACGCGCAAAAGUACGCAAAGGUUCGCAGAAAAAGGUGCAAAAUCCCAUACAUGCCCUGUCGGAAUUUCAAAGCCCAGAUGGUACAGUUUAAGUUAUGACAUUCAUGAAACAUAAAAUUUUUUAGUAUUGCAAUUCAAGUCCGCUUACAAAGUUUGACUGAAUAAAUGAAGAAAAAAUAAACGAAGAAAUUUUCAAUGAUAUGAAAAGCGCAGCCAGUAUUCAACCACAUAUGUACUCUGGUGCCUCAAGCGUUUGCUAUUGCAAUAGAAGCCAGAAAAACAAUGGAAUAGUUUCCAAUUCGGUUCAAGGACGACACAAAUUAAGGUAAUUAGCAGCCUGGGUAAUGCAUUCCGAAGCUCCAUCAGCCAACCCCUUAUUUAUUCGUUGAUUUAACAGGUAUUAUACUCAACACACUAAAUAAAAAAAAAAAGUUCAUAUUUAAAUAGCAA